AUGAGUGCAUCCAUCGUACAAACCAUGCAGUGGCAUACAUCGCACCCACACGUUCUCACAUACACAUACGUACAUGUGUAGAUAGCUAGGCCAUGACGGACUGAUCGCUUCACGGCUGUCUGUCUCUCUGCCCGCCUCUUUGCCUGCCUGCCUGUCCUUGAUGUAGUAGAGCUGCCGCCACCAUUCAUUCAUUCAUUCAUUGAUUUCUCGUGUCCUCCUCCUCUGUGUCCGUCCGUCCAUGUCUGUGUGUCUGGAUGACACUAUCUAUUGUACGUCGCGAUUUUUCUGAUCUGAUCUGAUCGGAUCGGUCGGUUCCCUUUUUCCCGCCCGUUGUUUGUUUCUUUCCGCCACACACACAGUGGGCUGGCUGGGCAUUCAUUAUGAUAGGGCUGUGGACACAUCACAGGCAUGAUAAGGCUGCUGGAGAAAAGGGAGGAGAAAAGGGAGUGAGAGACUAUUCUAUUAGGUGCUGACGAUAAUCAAGCAAGCUCGGCACUACACUGACGCCCAUAUCCGCCAUAUCCUCCCCAGUUCACUAGUCCUUCCCAUCACACAGACGUCACGUCAGCUCGCCCCAUCCACCCACACAAUGCACUUUUUUUACACACACCCAACAGAGAGAGACGGAUAAGGGAAGGGACAGCCAAAAGUGGGAAGCACCUACCCUCACCCACCUUCGUAGCAACUAAGUCAGCUCUUUCUGGUACAUGAGCAUGUCUGCGACGGCCUGCCGCAGCGGGACGCGCAUGAGCCGGGCGGUAGAGGGCCGGCGGUCCAUGAAGGCAUCCGAUGGAUCACCCACUGGCGGCUCGGUCGUCAACACACAAACAGCCACUGCACGCAGCGAAACAGCACACGCCGAAAAGAUGGCUCAACCAGCACAGAGGUUCUGCCACCCGUCCCUCACCUAUGUUCGAGUCGGGACGGCUGCCGAGAGUGAUGUAUCCAUGAAAGGGGCCGUCGAAUGGCGUCAGCAGCAGAAGCCGAGUCUCUAUAUGGGGGUCGGUGUCGUCGAUGGAGGCCAUGACGGCGGUGCAUCCGUUGGGCGGCUGGUGGGGCGACUGGUUCAUGAGGCCGUCCAGCACACCGCCAUGAGCAUGCCUGAGGAGACCAACAUAGAGCAGAGGGAAGAGGCGGUCGUGGAUGGAUGGAUGGAUGUCUUGUCUGUCUGAGUGUGGUGUGUGGUGUGCCCUGCGUACCGGUCCACGUCAGCCAUUGCAGACGACCCUAUGCACAUGUUUGCGACUAGGGGAGUCAGGAUGACGACCAUGAUGAAUGACGACACGGAUGCAUCAGUGGACGGCUCGUUAUCGGCCGCCCAGCCGUCCCCCUCCCGGGUGAUUGUGGAUCUGACGGGCGGGUCGUCAUCGAUGAUGUGCAGGUGGUAUGGGUGGGUGGGGGGGAGGGGGGGGUUGACAUCCAGCUCGAAGCCCGGCUCGUCACGGAGGGCACGCACACCGCCGCCCGGCUGGUCGAACAGCUCGAAACGGCCGUAGCUGCCGCCGAAGUCGACGUGUCUGCCGACCAUCUUCCACAAUGCGAUCACACGCACAUCGGCCAAAUACGCCUACGUGGACGACACACACAGACCCAGACAGACAGACAGCCAGAUGAGUGCCACCCACCCCACCCCACGCUCAUCAUGCCCACCUGUUUGCUGUCGUGCCUCUGCAUAUCGUCGACCGACAGGUAGAUGGGCAGCUGACAGAAGCCCCUCUGCGCCGCCAACUUCAGCGCCUUGGCCACCUCGGUCCACUGCUGUGUGUCCACCAGCCAGAUGGCCUUGAGCAGCAGAGGGCGGUCCAGCUGAGCGUCGAAUGCGACGAUGCCGCCCAGCCCCUUGGCUGCCAGGCAGCGACCGAGUCGGGUGCGGAGGACGUACGGCGAGAAGUCGACUUCCCAGAGGAAGUGCGCGGUGACUCUGAGGCUGCCCACCUCCGACCGGCUGCACACACACCCAAGCACACACACACUGUCAGUUACCCCUCCACUUCCUCGUUCAUUCAUGUGCGUUUUGCAUACGUGUGGAAGGCAUCUCGGUUGUCUUUGUGGAGGAAGCUCAGCGUGUGGUCAUCGAUGGCGGCACUGUGGCGGUUCGCACUGUGGUGAUUACCCAUCUUCCCCCCCCUCACGCUUCUGGAGAAUGGACGGCCAUCAUGCGACCACGCUCAUGCCGCCUCCUGCUCUCCG